GGCUCACUAUGGCGCUAUAUACGUUCAUCAAUGUCCCUGUCUGGGUACAUGCCACCGCUGUGUGAUCCUGUAGACGGACAUCUUCUUCUUGAUGGAGGUUACACUAACAACCUGCCAGGUAGUUUGUGGAGGUAUGUCAGAGCGAGUAUGUCUAUUGUGGGCCUCUAUCCUCCACUUUGUGAUCCAGUAGACGGGCACUUGAUAGCCGACGGUUGUUACGUUAAUAAUGUUCCAGCUGACGUGAUGCGAAGCUUGGGCGCCAACCACAUUCUAGCCAUUGACGUCGGAUCAGUGGACGAUCAAGAUUUGACCAAUUACGGCGACGACCUAUCGGGGUGGUGGUUAUUGUGGAAGAGAUGGAAUCCUUUCACUGAACCUGUCAGAGUUCCGAAUUUACCCGAUAUACAAUCGCGACUCGCGUAUGUCAGCUGCGUUAGGCAAUUAGAGGUAAGAUCAUAUUUAUUUUCACAGAUAUGGAUUAGAGGAGAUAGGAAAUGUCGUUUUCGCCAGGCACGUGGAAUUGAAGGCGGCCAUCUUUUAAAAAGAAGCGACCCACGCGCUUGCGCAUUGAUUGCACAUUGA